AAGUAAUAGAACUUCAGAGCACCUUGUACUUGCAAUUGUGACCAAUGUUGAAGCGGUUACCAAGGAAACUCUCUAAAUUACACCUCCACCAUAAUUUGUAUGCCCCUAACUGCGUUGUUAAUAGAGCACUUGUCUAUCAUUCUGUGCGAAAUGUAUCCCAAACUACUUCAGUGGAAAGCGAAGCGCUAGCCAAAGGAGAUAGCACUGCCAACGUGAAGCACCUUAUUCGCAAACCUGAUACUUCCGAGUUGCAAAACACUUUUUACCAACGAAAGCUACCGGAGCAAUUGAUUAAAAUAUCAUCACCCCACGGUAAACAACUUUUUCGAGAGGCAAUGGAUGCCGGGCAAACCGAAGGUUUUUUUCCUUUGACAGGGGCCUUUGCGUCCCAAUCAUCACCAUCUUAUUGCGGUCCUUCUUCAUUGGCUCUUGUUUUAAAUGCGCUAAAUGUUGACCCUAAAAAAAUAUGGAAAGGUGCUUGGCGAUGGUACUCUGACGAGAUGCUGCAGUGCUGUUCUCCAAAGGAGCAGAUGCAAAAAAAUGGGAUCACAUUCGACCAGUUUGCCUGCUUAGCAAAAUGUCAUUGUAGUGUUGUUGUUAAGAGAGCUAGCAAAAUUACAUAUGAAGAGUUCCUUGAGGACCUCAAGAAGGUUACUGCAACUUCUGAUCAACAUAUGGUUAUAUCCUUUUCCCGGAAGACUCUUGGUCAGACUGGUGAUGGACACUUUUCUCCAAUUGGUGGAUUUCACCCUGAUACGAAUAUGGCUCUUGUCCUCGACACAGCACGCUUCAAAUACCCAAGUUACUGGUGUUCAGCUAAGGUUCUUUUUGAAUCGUUGAUGCCAAUUGACAAGGAAACUGGCCUUUCUAGGGGCUAUUUCAUCUUGAGCUACGAUGACCUAAACCCUCCUGUCAGUCUCUGCCAUUCUCAGUCCCAAACGGCAACAGCAACACCGCCACUGACGAAACUCGAAAGGACAUUUCCAUCCGAUUCUCCACCAUCAGCCUGUACGUCAGCACCGAGCAUUAAUACAAAUACGAAACUCAAUUGGUCGGCACUAGCCAAGGUGUUUUGCCAAAAGAUCCCAGAAGACAUGUGGGUGGAAAAGCCACAGACAUUGAAAGAAGUGGUCAACCUGGUGUUGAGGAACAUUCCUCGAGAGUACAGUAAUAUCAUCGGACAGCGUGUCACAUCCUCAUCAAUGGCUACGGCAACCGACACCUACAUUGAUGUGCUCUUCAAGGAUACAUCCGCCUCGCCUUUGUAUCCCAUUGUUCACCAAGCCAUAUAUCCAUCCAGUACCUCUGAAAAGCCUGACUCACAUGCUGUCUUCGCCACUCUGUUCUUGCUUGGCUCUCCUCGCAUGUUAUAUACCUCACUACCCCGUGACCUCCAAAAGUUAUUUGAUCAUUAUCGAAGCACUGUCAGCUCGAUGCCCUUGGUUAAACGGGAAGUGGAUAGAAUUUCUAUAGAAAUUAUUGAAUUGACAAAGUCGUUUUGUACUUGCGGCAAACCUAUCUAGAAACUUGUAAACACACUGUAAAUUCUCAUACAAAUGUACUAAUACACAUCGCAUGGUGGCAAUUUGUGAACUGUCAAGUCUUCAGACC